AGCGCUGUCGUGUCGGGAAUGGAAUGUGUAAGUGUAACAUUCAGAACCGGGUAACAUUCGGCGACCGAACGCGGCGGUCGGCGGAGAGAGCGCGGGGCCUGCGAAGCAGCGCUCGGGGCCGGCACUGCCCGCGGGGAGGACGCUCCGCCGCCGCCGCCCCGCGUCGCCCUCGUGCCGCCGGCCGGGCCGCCGCGCACCCGGGGAGCCGGCCCCGUGAGCGAAGGAGUAAACACCGGCGGAGUGUGGGAGCCGCUGCAGAAGGGAAUAAAGAGACAUGCAGGGAUUUGUGAGGUUACGGCGCCCCAGCUGCAAGAUGCACUAGCCGGCUGAAGCCGGGGCGGGCUGACUUGUUGGAACCGUAGUGCUCUGCACGGGAGUGUGGAUGAGUUGAAGUUGCUAUCCCCGGGCUCGUUCUCCACGCCGCCGAGGGGCAUCCGAGCGGCGAGGCAGUCACUUCGUCUUGCCAUUGAUUGGGUAUCGGGAGCUUUUUCUUCCCCGCUCUCUUUCUUUUCCUCCGUCUUGUUGCAUGCAAGAAAAUUACAGUCCGCUGCUCGCCCGCCUUGGGUGCGAGAUCUUCUGCCCGGCUCUCUCCCGUGCAUUGUGCAGCCCAACGAUGAAAGACCGAAGGGGAGAAAGUUAAAGAAAUCGCCCACAUGCGCUGGAUCAGUCCACGGCUUGGGGAAAGGCAUCCAGAGAAGGUGGGAGCGGAGAGUUUGAAGUCUUUACAGGCGGGAAGAUGGCGGACUGGAGCUGAAAGUGUUGAUUGGGAAACUUGGGUGAUUCUUGUGUUUAUUUACAAUCCUCUUGACCCAGGCAGGACACAUGCAGGCCAAAAAACGCUAUUUCAUCCUGCUCUCAGCUGGCUCUUGUCUCGCCCUUUUGUUUUAUUUUGGAGGCGUGCAGUUUAGGGCAUCGAGGAGCCACAGCCGGAGAGAAGAGCACAGCGGUCGGAAUGGCUUGCACCAGCCCAGUCCGGAUCAUUUCUGGCCCCGCUUCCCGGACGCUCUGCGCCCCUUCUUUCCUUGGGAUCAGUUGGAAAACGAGGAUUCCAGCGUGCACGUUUCCCCCCGGCAGAAGCGAGACGCCAACUCGAGCAUCUACAAAGGCAAGAAGUGCCGCAUGGAGUCCUGCUUCGAUUUCACCCUUUGCAAGAAAAACGGCUUCAAGGUCUACGUGUACCCGCAGCAGAAAGGGGAGAAAAUCGCCGAAAGUUACCAAAACAUUCUAGCGGCCAUCGAGGGCUCCAGGUUCUACACCUCGGACCCCAGCCAGGCGUGCCUCUUUGUCCUGAGUCUGGAUACUUUAGACAGAGACCAGUUAUCACCUCAGUAUGUGCACAAUUUGAGAUCCAAAGUGCAGAGUCUCCACUUGUGGAACAAUGGUAGGAAUCAUUUAAUUUUUAAUUUAUAUUCUGGCACUUGGCCUGACUACACCGAGGACGUGGGGUUUGACAUCGGCCAGGCGAUGCUGGCCAAAGCCAGCAUCAGUACUGAAAACUUCCGACCCAACUUUGAUGUUUCUAUUCCCCUCUUUUCUAAGGAUCAUCCCAGGACAGGAGGGGAGAGGGGGUUUUUGAAAUUUAACACCAUCCCUCCUCUCAGGAAGUACAUGCUGGUAUUCAAGGGGAAGAGGUACCUGACAGGGAUAGGGUCAGACACCAGGAAUGCCUUAUAUCACGUCCAUAACGGGGAGGACGUCUUGCUCCUCACCACCUGCAAGCAUGGCAAAGACUGGCAAAAGCACAAGGACUCUCGCUGUGACAGAGACAACACCGAGUAUGAGAAAUAUGACUAUCGGGAGAUGCUGCACAAUGCCACUUUCUGUCUGGUUCCUCGUGGUCGCAGGCUUGGCUCCUUCAGGUUCCUGGAGGCUUUACAGGCUGCCUGUGUCCCUGUAAUGCUCAGCAAUGGAUGGGAGUUGCCAUUCUCCGAAGUGAUUAAUUGGAACCAAGCUGCCGUCAUUGGCGAUGAGAGAUUGUUAUUACAGAUUCCUUCUACAAUCAGGUCUAUUCAUCAGGAUAAAAUCCUAGCACUUAGACAGCAGACACAGUUCUUGUGGGAGGCUUAUUUUUCUUCAGUUGAGAAGAUUGUAUUAACUACACUAGAGAUUAUUCAGGACAGAAUAUUCAAGCACAUAUCACGUAACAGUUUAAUAUGGAACAAACAUCCUGGAGGAUUGUUCGUCCUACCACAGUAUUCAUCUUACCUGGGAGAUUUUCCUUACUACUAUGCUAAUUUAGGUUUGAAGCCCCCCUCCAAAUUCACCGCAGUCAUCCAUGCCGUGACCCCGCUGGUCUCUCAGUCCCAGCCAGUGUUGAAGCUUCUCGUGGCUGCAGCCAAGUCCCAGUACUGUGCGCAGAUCAUAGUUCUGUGGAAUUGUGACAAGCCUCUACCAGCCAAACACCGCUGGCCUGCCACUGCUGUGCCUGUCAUUGUCAUUGAAGGAGAAAGCAAGGUUAUGAGCAGCCGGUUUCUACCCUAUGACAACAUCAUCACUGAUGCUGUGCUCAGCCUCGAUGAGGACACUGUGCUUUCUACUACCGAGGUGGAUUUUGCCUUCACCGUGUGGCAGAGCUUCCCUGAGAGGAUUGUGGGGUAUCCUGCACGCAGCCAUUUCUGGGAUAACUCUAAGGAGCGGUGGGGAUAUACAUCCAAGUGGACAAAUGACUACUCCAUGGUGUUGACAGGAGCUGCUAUCUACCACAAAUAUUACCACUACCUGUAUUCCCAUUACCUGCCAGCCAGCCUGAAGAACAUGGUAGACCAAUUGGCCAACUGUGAGGACAUUCUCAUGAAUUUCCUGGUGUCUGCUGUGACAAAAUUGCCUCCAAUUAAAGUGACCCAGAAGAAGCAGUAUAAGGAAACAAUGAUGGGCCAGACUUCCCGGGCUUCCCGCUGGGCUGACCCUGACCACUUUGCCCAGCGACAGAGCUGCAUGAAUACGUUUGCCAGCUGGUUUGGCUACAUGCCGCUGAUCCACUCUCAGAUGAGGCUCGACCCGGUCCUCUUUAAAGACCAAGUCUCAAUUCUGAGGAAGAAAUACAGAGACAUUGAGCGACUUUGAGGAAUCCCACUGAGUGGGGGAGGGAAAGCAGGAUGGGACUGGAGUCCAGCUGCUCUCUCUUCCCAGUGCAGAUCCGCUCAUCUCAUCGGUGGAGCCAGACUGUGCCAAGUAUCAAAAAAAUAAAAAAAUUAAAAAAAACUUAGAUGAAACACAGUGACAAAAAAUAACCAAGGCCAAUGAGAACUCGGCUGGAAUCCUGGCUCCUGGAGCUGCAGCAGGCUGCUCCAUUCACCUCACUGGCUUCUGUGUCCCAUGACUAGGUUGUGUACAGUUUAAUUAUGGAACAUUAAAUAAUUAUUUUUGAAAUGAUUGCUAUGCAGGUUUAAACUUUUUUAAUGAUCAAAACUAUUAAAAACCAGAGUUCUUUCUUUAAUCAAAAUUGUGUUGGUUGUGACUAUUUCCAAGCUGCUACUCCCUUUCCUACAGACAUCAUUGCCAUGGGUCACCCAGAAUUUCCUGCAGUGACUGACAGACACAGACACCAUGGGAAACACAACCAAUUAUUUGAUGUAGUGUCAGCAAAGAACUGGGCCUACACUAAGACAAGUUCAUAUUCCAAUUUUAUCAAUGCAAAACUAUUUUCCAGUUCAAAUGUCUGGAUCCCCUUGGUCUCUAAAAUAUUGCUGCAUGAGAGAAAGUAUUGACUCCAGGUCGGCAGUUCUAACUGAAAACUUUAUGUCUGAGAUAAUAGGCGUAUGAUAAUCUUUUUACAUGGGGACGGGUGGGGGGUGUUAGUACCAAGCAAACUCAAGUAGAUUUAAGAAAUGUUGAACAAGGAACCAAACAACCGCCAGCAUGGUAGGGAUGGAACUAGUGAUCCCACAACUGAAAUCCAGUACUUCCUAGUGGCAGACUCCCAGAUUCAACCAUUGAGCCAUGUAUCUGUUAUAGAAACCCUGUGCUUUAGGGUCCAAGGGGGGCGGGGGGAUGAAUCCAUAUUAUUUAUAAGACGAGAGGUUUAAUGUUUGUGAAAAACUUAAGUUGCACAGGUGUCCCUGUUGAGGAAGAAGUGAUCAGUUGUAAAUCUACACCGUUUAACAAGAGGAUGGCUGUGAAGUAACUCAUUAAGAGUGUGCCUUGCCAUGGAACUCUUUUAUUUUUCUUUUUAAUUUUGGUUAAACAUUUUUUUAGGCCAAAAAUAAAGCAAUUAAAUUAAUCGGAAACAAAUGGGAAGAGUUCUUUUAGUUUUGAAAUGUAGAGAACCGUAGUUGUGCUUCUUGUUAAAAACAAUACUUUCAUCCCCACAAAAUACUGUCUUAAGCUUACGAUGUCUUAAGUUUUUGAAGCAUUAAAAAUAUACGUAUAGAGUUCACAGAGCAGAUCACUCUGUUCCAUUAUGAAACAUGGAGGCUUCUGAUGUUAAAUGUCUGCUUUUACUUGAAAGAGCCAAAAGAGGGUGAGUCUAUAGAAAGACUAUUAAUAAUAGAAUAAUCCAUGGGCACUUUAGUUUCUUUUUCCUCCCUGAACUCAUGUAUUUAAUAUAAUUGUUUCCAGUGUUGUCUUAGAAAGCUUCAUCAGAACUGUGUGUCUGGCCAAGGUCAGGACAAAAUCAUGUAAAUUCGGUGGACUCGAAUUCAUCCUUUCUUUGUAGACAUCUGGAAGAGAAAGGAAGCUACUUUUUUAUCCUGGAAGGGUUACUGUAAACAAGACUGCAUGCGGGUGUGUGCUGAGGUCCUGAGAGAUGAGCUGCAGCAGAGCAGGGUCCAGAGCUCAUAUAUACUGAUGCUGUUAUGAGCGGUGCAUCGGCCAUGAAGUCCACUCAAAAUGGCUUCUCUGUAGCUCUGUGACCCAUAACCAUCUCUAUAUCCAUCUCUGUCAACCAGUAGGGCCCAGCCUCAGCCUGCUUUCAAACAAGGGACAUUCCUUAAGUGGAUGUGACAUAUCAAGGAUAAUUCUGAGGCCCACAGUGUUUACAUUUGUGUCUAUCAAUAAAAUGCCCCACGUUUUCAUACUAAUUUUAACUGAAAUUCUCAGUAUGUUAAAGGGAGAACAAUUCUAUUUGCAUAUUUGUAUUUAAAAUGGGAAAUUUAUCAGAAUGGUAGUAUUUCUCAUAUCAUUCUCCUUUCCAUACAUGAAUAUAACAUUAUGUUAAACCGCCACAAGCUAAUUUAAAACUUAAGUUGUCACCUUGGCUUGCAAAGCAGUGUCCCUAAUUGUACCAGUCAGUCCCAUGAGUGGAUUCAGGGAACUGCUUUGCCAAGUUUACCUGUCAUAAAGCUCACAGGGCACAUAUUCCCCACAAGUAACGUGUGCAGUAAUUACAAAGGAGAACAGGAACUGACACACUUCUCAUCUCCUUUAAGUCUCCACGGUUGCAUUCUGUCAUUCUCUCGAGUAAUUCACUCUGGGAUACCAGCUAGCAUGUUCUUUUUUCAUUUGGAAUAUACAGCUGGGAAUUGAACAAUGCUAAGCAAAUCAGUGAGGCCCAACAGCAAGAUGUAAUUUUAAUUCUCUUAGGAAAGAGUUGUAGAUUGCAUUGCAAUAAGUUGACAAAUCAUAGUCGUUGCUGUAGGAUGUCAGGAGUUAUCUCUCAGCCAGCUUUAAUGAUAACCAGGGGUCCCUAAGUGGGGCAACAUGUGUUGAGUUGGUAAGAUGCCAAGGGAAGAGAAUAUAAUACAAUCCAUCUAAUGAAUUGCACAAAGGAACUCCAUAGAGGACUCAGCCUCUUACAAUUUUCACACAUUUUCCCCAGCCCUACGUUGGUACAGGUGUCCUUAAAAAUAAGUAAUUUAAAAGCUGUAUUUACAUGAAAAGAUUUAUAUGACCAUCAAGGUUUUACCUGUACAUUAUAUAUUAAACAUAUCACUUUUGUUGAAAAUGCCAAAAAUGACCCAAAGUUGAGACUAUAGAGAAAAAUCCAUGCAAUAAUCCUUAUAGUCAUGUCACAAAAUAUAGCAUAGUCAGGUGGGCAUAGCAAGGCAUAUCAGCACAUUUUUUAGAUAUGAUGCCUCAGAAGAAAGGAAGAAUCUCAUACCUGGAAUCUAGUGUGCAUUACAGUUUAACUUGUUCCAAAUGGUGCUCAAAGAAGGAUCGAUCCAGUGGAAUCCUUCAAUUUCCCUUUUGAAAAUGAUUUUUGCUUUUCAUUACAGUAGGCUAUGUUAGCCUUUAUUUUGGUGGUUCUCAAAUUCCUGGUGACUUGAAGGAAUAUUAUGCUAGUGGCCUUUCAUAAAGGUUGCUGAACUUUAAUUUAAUCAGGGGUGAGAUGAGUGAUGUGAGCAGAUCUACAGACUAUUUUUUUUAAAGGGUGCUUUAUUUAAUAGAGAAUGAAAUUUUAAUCAAACUUGUUUGAAAGAUGGGAGAAGGCAGAAAGCCUCAUCAGGCAGAAGCUGAAUGAGGCACAUGUUGGAGAAGACCGUACUAUGAAUGCAAGUACAGGAAAAAGCUUCCUCUGCCUGGAAAUAUAUUUUUCUAGGGGUGUCUGAAAGCUCCAAUUUUAAGGGUAUUAGCUCUUGUCACGAACUCUGAGACAAAAAAUGUUUCUGACUUCUAAUAGUUACUGUCAUCAAUAUAUAGGCAAUGCAUUAGGGCUACAAUUGUUAAAUUCAGUUACCUAGUUUCUGACAACUAUGGACAAGGGCCUUUAAAAUGUUUUCACCUUUGUUGAUUAGACAUUACCAAGAAAGACCUUUUGCUGUUGCCUGCCUUUUUUUUUCAAACUUGAUGGGAACAAAGUUGGUUUGGAUUAAAUUAUCAGUGAAUAAACAUAACUAUUGAGCUGCAUUAAACUCAUCUCACUUAGUAUAUUAAAUCAUGUGAAGAUGAAAUUAUUCCUAGAUUCAGUUUCUUUUAAAGGGGGUAAAGUGGGAUCAAGCUUCCUAAAAAGGUUUUACCUCAUCAAUUCAGUAUUAAGAUCCAGAAGCUCUAGAUAGGAAAUCUGUUGGUUUUGAUAGUGAAAAGUAAUUCUGCCAGGAAGCCAUCUUUUCUCUUUGCCCUUUCCAAAAAUCAGAGGAUGAUAUAUUUUUUUUAAGCUGAGGUGAUAGUCGUCACUAUUCUAUAAUACCAAUGUGUUCUAUAUCAAGGCGAAGUGAGUCUUCUGUUUCCCCCUCUAUAAAUAUAUAUAUAUCGCCCAAUUGAUCUUCUUGCCUCUCUAGUCUGCAAAACAGGUGGAAAGGCAAGCAUGAGCAAGCUCAACCUUGGGAAGGUAGUCUCACCCUUGUUUAAAAUCAAGUCAAGCUAUCUUUCAGUCACACUAUUUUUGUAAUAAUUUGCCUUUCAGGCCUCGAAGGUCAUUUGGUUCCUGCAAUAGCGUUCUGUUCUACAGGAAUACAUUCCUCUCAUUUUAGUUGUAAUUAUUCCUAAAAAUUAGGGCCAUGAAAAUGACCCGAUUAUCAUAAAAUGAACUUGUAUAUUUAUGCUGAGAAGAAAAUGUAUAGGAUAUGAUGAGGGUUAGAAAAAAAAGACAUGGAAAACUGGAACUAUUUUAGGUGACAAAAUUGUAACAAAAAAUAGUGAAUUUUAUUUUGUAUACAAUGUACAUUUGGGACAGUUUUCUAACACGUUGCUGAUGUUUUUGUAGUGUCAACACAGGUCUUCUCUGGAGUGUUUUCCCCAUUUGUUACAGAGUAUUAAUGAUUUAGUGCAAUUGAGUCCUAAAGUGCGUGAGAGAGUGCAAGAAAUUUCAAAGCCAUAGAUCUUGAUUUACUUCACUGACCUGUGUAACUUUAUGUCUGGGUUUUGCCAUCCAAGAUAGAUUGUUUUAUAGAGUGUCACCAAAGACUUUUUCCUUCAGAUUUAUAGAAGAGAAAAAAAAAGAAAUUAUUAAUAAAUGACAUGACUUUUCA